GAUCAGCGGGGCUAGAGAGCUCCUGGCCCACUUGUCUGUGGAGGGGGUCGUGUGUAUGUAUAUAGCCCGCGGCGCUUCGGCUUUGUCGUUCUCUCACACAUUGGCAUUUGAUUUCGCAGCCCACCAAUUCCGGUCUCUUCCAACUCCCAAUUCCAAUUGGCAAGCGCUAAGAGGGAGAGAAGUGGUUGCCGGACUCCACUCCGGCGAGGAGCGACGAGGCGAGAAUGGGGGAAGGAGCGGAUGAGGCGGUGAAGGUGGUGGAUUUGGAGGACGGGGAGGGGGAGGAGGCGGCGGCGGAGGGGUCGAGCAGGGAGACGCGGAUGCUGCCCAGGAUGCCGGUGCGGGUGCUGCUCGCCGAGGGCGACGACUCCACGCGCCACGUCAUCUCCGCGCUGCUCCGCAAGUGCGGCUACCGAGUUGCUGCGGCCUCUGAUGGUGUGAAAGCAUGGGACAUACUGAAGGAAAAAUCGUUCAACAUAGACCUUGUUUUAACUGAAGUUGAACUGCCUUUGAUGUCUGGGUUCCUCCUGUUAUCCACAAUCAUGGAGCAUGAUGCGUCCAAGAACAUCCCCGUUAUAAUGAUGUCUUCGCACGAUUCAGUAAGCAUGGUUUUCAAGUGCAUGCUCAAGGGUGCAGCAGAUUUCCUUGUUAAGCCGAUAAGAAAGAAUGAGUUAAGGAACUUAUGGCAGCACGUUUGGAGAAAACAACUGGCAAACGGUGGGCCUGAUGUGCAGCAUAUACAACAAGAAGAGAAUCUUGCAGAAAGAAUUGAACAGAAGAUUGCUGCGACAAAAGUUGAUAAUUUGAAUAAAGAUGGGUCCCGUAAAAAUAGAGAAUGCAGUGAACAAGAAAGUGAUGCUCAAAGUUCUUGCACAAGGUCAGAGCUGGAGGCUGAAAGUAAGCAAACUAACAAUACUUUGGAGUAUAAGCAACCAACUGAAAGGCAAUUCUCUAUUCCUAGCCACAAGAACGGCGAGUUAAAUGGACAGACCAAACUUAGAAGUAAUAACUUGAUUCGAACAAGAGAAGAUGAUUUAUCACCAAAGAAAAGGGCAUGUUUGAAUCAUAAUGAUUCUGAGAAAGCUUCCAGAGAUAUUGAGCUAGUCCACAUUAUUGACAAUCAACAGAAGCAUGACAUGCAGAGGGAGGUGGAUACUAUGAGAACAACAUCUAUAGGAAAUGAUGAGAAGGGCUCCAUCCCAGCACACCAGUUGGAACUCUCUCUCAGAAGAACUGACUAUGGUAAAUUAGAGAACCAGGAGAAAAAUGAUAGAAGAACGCUCAACCAUUCUACUUCGUCUGCAUUUUCCUUGUAUAACUGUAGGACUGCGUCCACAUUAGGAAAUGCUGGCGAUGGUCAGUUAUGUAGCACCUCAGAAACACAAGCGGACGUGGAAAACAAAAAUGGAGAUUCAGCAGCCCCCUCUCAUGACAUUACUGGAACAAAUCGUCCUAUUAGAGUUGUACCAUUUCCUGUCCCUGUUCAAGGUCUCACAUUUGAUGGGCAGCCAUUCUGGAAUGGCACACCAGUGGCAUCCCUAUUCUACUCACAGUCCGCUCCUCCCAUUUGGAAUAGCAAAACAUCCAUGUGGCAAGAAUCAACCCCACAAGCAACCUCGGUGCAGCAGAAGUCACAACAGAAUGAGCCAAAUGAAAUGGGCCCUAAGCCAGUUGAAAACACAGAGGCACAAUCUCACAUAAGUCAUCCUAGUUCCAAUGGGAAGCAACUACGCGUUGAAAUUCCUAAAGAUGAGGCACGGAAUGUUUCUCCUAUGACUGGUGAAAGCGGAACUAGCACCGUGCUUGACAGCGCUAGAAACUCUCUCAGCGUCAGCGGCUGUGACAGCAAUUCCAACCGGAUCCCUGCCCCUACUGAAUCGUCCAACACAUUUAAGGGUGUUCCUGAAACCCCAAGUGCUGAAGGUUCACGUCACCUGAGCCAGCGAGAGGCUGCACUGAACAAAUUCCGGCUAAAGAGGAAGGAUAGGUGCUUUGAGAAGAAGGUUCGGUACCAGAGCAGGAAAUUACUCGCAGAGCAGCGUCCACGGGUCAAGGGCCAGUUUGUUCGUCAAGAUCAUAGCAUCCAAGGAAGCUAGGGGUGCAGCCACCACAGGUGACUACCGCACUGCAGAUAUCCUGAUCGUCAGUGUCAGAUUUUGCUGAAGAGUUGGAAGCAAUCACACUGAGUACUGUUUGCCUUGUAUAUUUGCUAAAGCUUGUACGAUAUAUGUAUGUAUAGGCUAACUCUGUUCUUUUCAUAGGUUAGGCACAGGACCUACGACUUAGGGUUUGUCAUUAGGCGUUAGAAAAUACACUGGCAUACUUUAUUUCAGGUCAAAGAUGAGAUAUGUAUGUAUCUCUUCCGUAGCACGUCUUUGCUGCAAAACCUUGUAACUAGCCAUCUUGUUUGAUGUUCCGGAUAGAGGUCCACUUGCUGUGGAUGCAAGGUGUGAAUUGUGAAGAAUGUCCAGAGACAUGCCCAUUUCUGUGCAGUUUGAUACAAUAAGCAUUGUUGGUCAAGUGAAGAUCAAGUUUGUGCCAA